AUGGCGUCGCCACAGGACGACCAUGUGUUCGAGAAGCUGAAGCAAAAAGUCGACCCGGCCGAGCUUCAGCAGCGCCAAAGAGAGAUCAACGAGCGCAUCGCCGCCCAGUAUGAGAGGGCAGUGGCUCGCCAGGCCGAUUUGGUCGGCUCCAAUUUCACGCUGCCCGUGACCGUGUCGUCCGUCCGUGUGCUCCACGCGAAGCACACCCGCCACGCCUUCCUCGAGCGCGUCUUCAGUCCUCUGCUCAAUGCCAACAAGGAGCCGUCGUACACGUUGGAGGAUGCGCUCGCCGACAUUGGCGGCGCCGUCAACAAGCUCGAGAGAUUCGACAUCUUCAAGUCGCCCAUCUCGGUGUACGUUGACAGGCCUGACAAGUCCAACCCUAGCACUACUCCGACCGACAUCGACGUCUACCUCCACGCGCGCGAGCGCUCUCGCUACACCAUCAAGACCGGAACAGAGGCCGGCUCUGCCGAGGGCUCCGCUUAUGCGAGCGCCCAACUGCGCAAUCUGUUCGGCGGUGCCGAGUCGCUGAACGCCCACGCAUCGGCUGGCACGCGUACCCGGUCGGCCUACUCGGCUUAUUUCGACACUCCAAUCCUCAGCAACCCGGAUCUGCGCUGGGAGAUUGGCGGUCUUGCGAGCUCGACGUUGAAGAGCUGGGCCAGCCACGAAGAGGUGCUCAAGGGUGGAUCGACCAAGCUCAAGUGGCAAAGCUCCGGUGGCCACCGUCACGAACUCGCCUACUCGGGCUUCUGGAGACAGAUUACUGGUCUUGCCGCUACUGCUUCGCCUACCGUCCGUGCUGAUGCAGGAGACUCGUUCAAGUCAAGCAUAUCGCACACGUAUACGCUCGACCGCCGCGACUUCCCGCUCCUUCCUUCGCGUGGCUAUCUCCUCAAGACGGUGGCCGAACUCGCCGGUGGCCCGCUCAAGGGCGAUGUCGGGUUCGGUAAAUUGGAGCUUGAGUCUCAGGCCGCUCUGCCCUUCCCCCCGAUUCCCGGUGUCGCACUCACUACUAGCUUCCGGGCCGGUCUGCUCCAUCCGUUCGUCGACGGCACGGGCAAGCCGACUCCCUCCCGGAUCAACGAUCGCUUCCAGCUGGGCGGCCCUACCGAUGUCCGGGGAUUCCGGCUCGCAGGUCUCGGUCCCCGUGACGGACCGGAUGCGGUUGGUGGCGAUGUCUUCGCUGCGGGUAGUGCAAGCCUCAUGCUGCCGCUGCCGCGCGUUGGCGCUGAGACGCCACUCCGCCUCCAAGCCUUUGUCAAUGCCGGACGCCUACUCGCUCUGAAGGAGAGGAGAGACAGCGAAGGAAAUGCCGAUGCGAAGGAAAGCUUGAAGGCGACGCUGGAGGAGCUUAAGAACGGCCUUCCAAGCGCCGCAGCCGGCAUCGGGCUGGUGUACGCGCACCCGGUAGCAAGGUUCGAGGUCAACUUCUCACUGCCGUUGGUGCUGCGCAAGGGCGAGCAGGGAAGGAAAGGAGUGCACUUUGGCGUUGGAAUCGAGUUCAUGUAG